AUGCAAAUGAAAUUCCAUGAGGAGUUAAGAAUCUUGGUAGGUAAGGCCAUCCAAAGGGCUCCUGCGACUGCUUUGAAGCUUGAAAAGGGAACCAACAUAGCUGGUGGGAGUAAUGAUAAAGACCAAGUUUCCAACGAUUGGGCACUUGAACUGGAAGAAGUUUUCACAGUUGAAAUACAAGGAGAGUUUGAUAAGUUUGUUCCAUAUAAAAUAAAUUCAAGAACAAGAUGCUCCUUUGGAAUGCAUAUGGACAAACCUCCAAAAGGGAAGGACCCGACUAAAGGACUUGGGAAGAAGAUCCCUAAUGAGUCUGAACACAUUAAGUGGAAGGAUGAUGUUGUUGUGCCAUGUGGAAAUUCGGUAUCAUCAAAUGUUAAGGCAUACGAGUUGAUGUAUAAUGAGUACAUCGUCUACAACACCGAUCAAAAACUGGUUGACUGCUUUUCAAAACAGAAGAAACUUUGUUUUGAUUUGUAUAAAAUUGAAGCCACUGAAGAGUCAAAAAGCAUGGUGACUGUAAAAGUCAAAGAACGAAGUGCAGUCCAUGAAGCACCUGGUUUGCAAGAUUCUGGGGAUAUUUUGGAGCAUGGAAAAAGCAUUUAUAACACAACUUUGAGCUUGUCUGACUUAUCAACUGGAAUCAACAGUUAUUAUAUCCUCCAGAUCAAUGAAGAAGAUAAAGGGUCAGGCUACUAUGUGUUCCGGAAGUGGGGUCGAGUUAGCAAUGAAAAAAUUGGAGGAAAUAAGUUGGAAGAAUUGAGUAAGUCUGAUGCAAUUCAACAAUUUAAACGGCUGUUUCUUGAAAAGACUGGGAAUUCAUGGGAGGCAUGGGAACGAAAGAAACUUCAGAAGCAACCUGGACGAUUCUACCCCUUGGAAAUUGUAUUUCUAGUUCCUGAUGGACAACAGUUAGCUAGUGGUUCAGGUGACACAACUGUCCGACUCUGGGACUUCGAAUGGCAGAAACAAUCAGAGGGCGUGUACUUGAAACUAUCUUGUGCUUGA